AUGACUGAUACACGAGCUCAUCAAAGGGUCGCAAAAGAGAUUGAAAGAAUGGGACAUAAUCCACCACUUGGUAUAUUGAUGUGGCCUUUGAGCGAUUCUCUUGAAAAUUUAGAAGCCUCAAUUGAAGGAUUAAAAGAUACUCCAUAUGAAGGUGGAGAAUUUCAUUUGUCAAUUACAAUCCCUCCAAAAUAUCCUAAUGUACCUCCUACAAUUAAAUUCAAAACUCCAAUUUACCAUCCAAAUAUCGAUUCUUCAGGUCGUAUCUGCCUUGACUUCUUAAAACCACAACCACAAGGUAAAUGGACUGCAACAGUAUCACUUGAAAUGCUUUUAACGCAAAUUCAACAACUGAUGGCAGAACCUAAUCCAAACGAUCCAUUAGAUACAAAAAUAGCUCAAGAAUUUACCGAAAAUAAGGCCAAGUUUCUUGAAACUGCAAAGAAAUGGACAGACGUUCAUGCCAAACCAAAUUCAAUUACAAAAGGCAAUGAGGCUGCUAUUGAAAUGGAUAUAUCUGACUAG